AUGGCUUCCACGUACAAGCUGGAGGAAGAGCUGAUCGCGAGGGCCUCGGAUGAGUACAACCAGAGAGUCCGCGCGAAUGAAAAGGUCAGCGUUGCCACGCUCGCUCGCGAGUACAAAGUCUCCUACCACCGUCUUCGCCGCCGCAUCCUCCAUGUCCCUUCCCGCUCGACGCGCAGACGCACCAACCUACGAUUGACGGAGGAACAGUACAAGGCGCUUUACGAGUAUUUGGAGCUGCUCGCCAAAGAUGGAGCGGCGGUUACACCCCAAAUGCUCAGAGAUGCCGCCAAUUCUAUCCUGUGCGAGAGCCACACCGACCCCAACACCCCGCCGCCAACGGUUGGAAAGGGAUGGCAAUAUCGCUUUAUCGAGAUGCAUCCGCACUAUUUUCCCAACAUCAAAGUUCGGAAAAACGAGUCCAGACUCGGCGCGCUGAGAAAUAGUCUCACCGAGCAGCAGGACCAGCCGACAUAG